CCCGAACACACACACGUACACUGGAGAAGUUUGAACCAACAAAAUGGGGAAAGUGAACUUUUAUGCCAUUUGGUCCUUGCGUGAAGCACCUCGGCAAUUUAUACGAAAUGUUAACCGCAUGAUGUACCAGGUUCAGAUGCCAUUGCCUUUACCCAAACAGCUGAUAGUGUUUGGGUUAGGGGAAUGGUCAUGCUUCUCCAGUGAUACUGAUAUCACUGUGGAGGUUCAGCUGGGUCCUGAGGUCAAAUCACAGAUCAUUGGGACGCUUUUACCGCACUCUAGGUGUCUAAUUUGGCAUGGAGUUUGGAAUCCUGAACUUCUCGCUGAGGCCACACAGAGAGGGAGGAGAGGAGUUUACGCCAAAGUGGUGCUUAGCGUCAGUGGACAGGUGAAAACCAGUUUUAUCAGCAGCACUCCACGGGUGACAAGAAAACGGCUAGUGCUGAACCACUCGUCCAAUCCAUCCAGCACUCUUCUUAGUAGCGGAGAAAGUCAUGAUAUUACCCGGAGAUCACCUCCUGAGGGAAGCGUCAGCUGUGUGGAGCUGGAAAAAAGCAAAGUGGAGACGCAGGAUUACACACUGGCCAAUGUUCAGGGUGUGUGGCCAAUGGAUAAAACUCCAAGACGCACAGUCAUAGGGAUAAAGGGGUACAUAUGGAGCUCUGAAGAACCGGAAAGCCCUCCGGAUUCAAGGCGAAUUUCAAGCCCUAAAAAGCACAAACUGUGUAAAAUGCCUGCAGUCGAUUUCGAAGAGACGGCCGUCAAACAUAUCAAGAGUUGCAGGGCUGAUCGUCCGUCGAAACGAUGGAGCCACGCAAUGUGUUUGAGUGAUCCAGACACAGCAAUUCUGAUUGGUGGAGAGGCUGAUGACCAGGCCAGUUGUAAAGACUCUCUAUGGAAAUUAGAGAUUGAUAGUGAUUUUUGGUUCCCCAUGAAUACCUCGACAUCUGAGGUCAACCCACCUAGCUCUCGAGGUCACUCGGCAACCUUCGAUCCAGAGUCUAAAGUUGUCUAUGUGUAUGGAGGUUUGAGGGAUGGCCAGCGCUACAGUGAUAUAUAUGUGCUGGACACCAUAACGUGGAAAUGGAAGCUUGUUACUGCAAAGGGAAAUAUCCCGUCAUUGGCAUACCACAGUGCCAAUGUUUAUAAGAGAGAGCUGUAUGUAUUUGGAGGGGUGCUGCCCAGCCGAUGCUCUGAAGGCAAGGUUUGCAGUAAUGCGUUAUACAUCUUCAACCCUGAACACGGUCUGUGGUAUCAACCAAUUGUGGAGGGUGACCGUCCUUUGCCCAGGUUUGGGCACACCACCACGCUGCUGUCUGAUAAGCUUAUUAUUUUUGGUGGGAGAAAAACUGCAGCUUACCUUAAUGAUCUUCACAUCCUGGAUCUUGGUUUCAUGGAAUAUAAUGCUGUGAAGUAUGAGAACAUGCCACCAUUGGCCCGUGGGUUUCACGCUGCUCUGCCCGUGUCUGACAACAGGGUGCUGAUCAGCGGAGGCUGCAGUGCUAUAGGGGUCUUACAGGACCUCCAUCUCUUUAAUACAGACACCAACUCGUGGACAUCAGUGGUUUCCCCGUGGCUGUGCUCUAAGCCUCGUGCAGGUCAUAGUCUCAAUAGCCUGGGUUGUACAAAGCCUUUACCUUCAGACCAGAAGAAUGCAAGGAACCAUCGUCAUAUCAGCCCGUCUCAGCAGUGCACCAUUCUAGUGUUUGGAGGAUCAGAUUGUUCUGGAACAAUUUACAAUGACACUUUCAAAUGCACGGUUGAACUCCCUAUUUAGGAUCCGAGACUAACAGGACUUUUUUACUUGGAACUUAAAAUGGUGUGAUAUUAAACUCGGCAACAUAAUAGAAAAACUGGAAUGCCAGAAGCACUUCACUUUUUUAAUCUUUUUUUUUAAGGUUGCAUUGUUG